AACAACGAAUGCAAUAGUGUUUGUGUUUAAAGGACGAUAUGAAAUGAUUUUUAAAUUAGAUAUUUUUUCAAAAAUAUGGUUAAGUUAAUGCUUUUUGUAUACUCAACGUGGAAGCGAACAUGUGCGCUUUGAUGGGAAGACACAACCUCGUUAUAAAUAAAGGGAAGACCGGGCCAUUGUAUAAUAACGAAGAUAUUUUAAAGGUUGUACCCCUUUUGACGAGGCGAUUAUCACACAAAUCUUAAAUUAAUUAAUUAAUUAAAUCACUAUGUGCCUAAACAUCAUGGAGAGGACUAAAGCAGCUGUGUCAGCCAAUAUUCAUAACGGAUAGUACUCUAAACGAAACGAACGCUACCCCAACAUAUCAAAUGAAUAAAGAAAAAAAAAAGAAAAGAAAAACGAAUGCAAAAAUUAAAUGCAAAAUAUAAUUUAAAAACAUCAUUGAACAGAAAGCGAUAGAAAGAUAAGAGCUCGUUCGAUCAGCUCGUUACACUAAAGUACAAAAAAAACAAAACAUUUUGGUUUGGUUCCAUUUAAAAAAAAAUAAAAAUUUAUUUGGAAAAUAAACGAAAUCAUUGAAAGAUGUCUUCGUUUACGAUACCUGUUGUUAACUUGGAGUUGCGCGAGGUCAAGGAGAUCGUAUGGGAGAAGAUACAAGAGCCGGUUAUGCAGAGACGCUUAGUUUUGGUUAUUGUAUCUAUUGCCCUGCUUUUGGAUAAUAUGUUGUAUAUGGUUAUUGUACCGAUUAUACCCGAUUAUUUACGCGAAUUGGGUGGUUUUACGACAGAGGGCGAUGUCGGCCCAACACGUGAUAAUGUUACGGGCAAAAUAAUACCUGGACAUCACGAUCAUCACGGCCAGGAUUCAGCUACCGGUAUACUAUUUGCUUCCAAAGCCAUCGUACAACUGAUGGUAAAUCCAUUCUCCGGUGGCUUAAUUGAUAAAAUCGGCUAUGAUAUACCCAUGAUGAUCGGUCUAACAAUUAUGUUCUUCUCAACUGCAGUAUUUGCUUGUGGCCGUAGCUAUAGUGUCUUAUUCUUUGCCCGGUCAUUGCAGGGUGCCGGCUCAGCCUUUGCUGAUACUUCGGGUUUGGCCAUGAUAGCCGAUCGUUUUACUGAAGAGAAUGAACGCUCCCAGGCUUUAGGUAUAGCCUUAGCGUUUAUUAGUUUCGGCUGUUUGGUGGCGCCACCAUUUGGUGGAGCACUCUAUCAAUUCGCCGGCAAAGAAGUGCCCUUCCUGAUAUUAGCCUUGGUCUGUUUAAUCGAUGCUCUUAUGCUAAUGCUGGUUAUGAAGCCUGUUAAAGAACAACUCCGGCAAAGCAGAGAAGUGAAACAAGAAAUUAUACCAAUUUGGCGUUUACUAAUGGAUCCAUAUAUAGCUGUAUGCGCUGGUGCUCUAACUAUGUCGAACGUAGCUCUGGCAUUCUUAGAACCCACUAUAUCUUUAUGGAUGGAAGAUAAUUUAACUACGGAUAAUUGGAAAAUAGGUAUGGUUUGGUUGCCGGCAUUUUUCCCCCAUGUUCUGGGUGUGGUGGUGACAGUGAAAAUGGCGAAACAAUAUCCACAUCAUCAAUGGCUGAUGGCAGCUGUCGGUUUAGCUUUAGAGGGUCUUUCCUGUUUCAUAAUACCCUUCUCCAGUUCAUAUCAAAUGCUUAUGUUACCCAUAUGCAUAAUAUGUUUUGGCAUCGCCUUGAUCGAUACUGCCCUUUUGCCCACGUUGGGCUAUUUAGUGGAUGUACGUUACGUAUCAGUUUACGGUAGUGUUUACGCUAUAGCCGACAUAUCAUAUUCUAUAGCGUACGCGGUAGGCCCUAUUAUUGCCGGUGGCGUAGUCGAAGCGAUUGGAUUUACGGCUUUAAAUUUCAUUAUAGCAUUUACCAAUCUGUUAUAUGUGCCCGUUCUACGAAAAUUGCGUAACAUAUACGAUUUUAAGCCAUUCGAGAAUGAAGCAAAUAUCCUAAUGCAAGAUCCGCCCGAUAAAGAAUAUCAAACUUAUGUUAUGCACGAUCAGAAACCAUUGGAAGGUGAUUAUAAAAAUCAUUUAGAAUAUGGCGAACAAUAUCAACAAGAACAUCAGCAGGAAAGUAAUUUAGAUGAAGGUAAUUAUGGCUAUCAAACUCAGGGAGGCUAUCAACAGCAGGCCGGUGGUGACAGCUAUCAACAAGAUAAUGCACAGUAUCAACAAAAUCAAUAUCAACCUGGAUAUCAAGAACAAGGUGGUAUCUAUCAGCCAUCACAAACAGCGGAUACAAGACAUCUUCCCCAACAACGAGUUGUUAAUCCAUUUCAACAACAGCAACAGCAACAGCAACAACAGCAACAUCAACAAAUGUCUGAUUCUGGUGGAAGCAGAGGCCCAGCUGGACCAGCGAAUCCCUUUAGACAAGGAUUUUAAAAUGUUGUCUUACACAAAACUAGCGGUAAUUUAUUUUUGGGUAUAUCUUUUCGAUCGCUUUGUUUACAUAUUUCGUUAAUUAGUUUUAAAAUUUCCCACAAUAAGGUAAUUAAAAAAAAAUAAAUAUAUAUAUAUA